AGACGUGCCCGUCUAUCUCGAACCUUCUCUGCCGCGUUCGGCGACCAACGUGGGGCACGCGUCUUCUCGGAUGCCACGGCUCACGUGCGGACUAGCGUGUCUCAGUAAUUUCACACACUUGCACCAAGGCACACUUGAAUGUGUACCACUGUGUGCGUACGCGCUCUCCCCUGUGUCUGUGUAUGCUGUAUGUAUGUGCAAAAAUUACUUUGCAUUACGAACACCACGCUCAGUGUGCUGGCACACUUUGCCUCGCACUUUUUCCCCGAAAAUAAAUAAAGAUAGAGACAACCGAACAGAGCAAAGACGAAAAUAAACAAAUAAAUAAACAACGCUGGACAAGGGAUAACGAAUUGCAUGUGCACCCCCAGAGGAUCAUAACACAAAACACAAUCGAGUGGGCGAGUGCCAAAUAAAACGGAGAAGAAUUCACAAAUACAGACAAAAAAAUACAAAAUCUGCGCACUCAAUUAUGGACAUGAGCCACAGCUUCUGGGAGGACAACUCGACCAUCCAGAACGUGAAAUACGAAAGUUGCAAUUCGAACGAUGAGCCGGCUGCGAGGGUCAACUGCUUCGAUGGAACCUCUUUGAACUUCUCGACAGGAGAAGAAGAUUGUACCGAGUAUACGGGAGCUUAUAGGAAGACGCCCAAUGUGAGGGUUUCCAGGCAAGAUCCAAUGUCGCACAGGAUCAUCGAGAAGAGACGCAGGGACCGGAUGAACAAUUGCCUCGCCGAUCUCUCGAGGUUGAUCCCAGCUGAGUACCUGAAGAAAGGACGUGGACGCGUCGAGAAAACCGAAAUCAUCGAGAUGGCCAUUAAACACAUGAAGCAUCUUCAGUAUCUAAACCACUACCGUCUCGGUUACCAGGAGUGCAUGUCCGAGACAAUGCGGUUCAUGGUCGAGGUCGAGGGUCGCUUUCCGCGGGAGCCGUUCUGCGUGCGGUUGCUGGGACACCUGCAGCAGCACAGGGACUCCAUAUGCAGGGGAACCCCAGAAAAGGCCAUCCAGCAGGUGCCGGUCCCGCUUCCCGCUAAGAUCGAGCCGAACAACAACCUAUACGAAGAUAUCCACGAGUCCGGAUCGCACGAGAAGAACGGCUACAAAUACAAGAACGACAUCAAGUUGCGCUUCAACCAAGACCUUAACAUCGCGAAGCGCUCCAAGAUCGAUGAAGAUUCCAGACGGGACAGUUCCACCAGCAUCGAAAAUCACAGCCAUACCAGUUCGCCUCAUCAGAGCGAGAUCUGCACACGAGUCUCAUCAUCGGAAACGGAAACACAUCAGGCAAGCUCGACCUCACCUACCGGUAGCUCCGCGUCGCAAACCACCAAAUCCUCGCACGUAGACCUGAAGACCAACUUCAGCGUGCCCGUAUUCGUCUUGCACGCAAAAGGCUCAUUCUACGUGCCCAUAACUCUGGACUACCAAACUCUGUCACCGUACUUGGGCUCCUACGACCUUCUGAACCUCGCCAACGACAUCGUUCUGCAUCCGGUAGCAAUCAACGUGAACUUCCAACCAUCAUUUCAACAUACCCAAAAUCUGAAAUGAAAGAUCAAUCCAUCGAAGCAUCGUAUGUUUUCUCAAGGAAAAAAAGAAACGUGCGCACUAGAAUACUUCUUUGUUUUUUGCAAAAUUGAGAAUUGAAUCUUAACGUUCGAGUUAUGCACGCGCAUGUAACUCUAACUGAUCUGCUGUGAUGUUUAAUUAAGACUGAGGUAAAAAAAAAUCAAUAUAAAAGUAUAAUAUUCAAGCGCAUUAUUGUAAAUUGUUGUUGAUUUCUAGAU